AUGGGUACACGUCUUCACUUUACGGUGGGCCGCGUCUGCAGUGCCAUCAUUGGCGUGCACCUCGCCAUGUCCUCCUCCCUUUUUCUCUGCUCAGCCUUUCUUCACGACCGCGCGUUUGAGCAGCACUGGGACUAUAGUACGCCCACCCUGAGAAGGCGGACGCACUACUUUGAUUUCUGGAGAUCCGCCUUCUACUCCCCUGUGCUCUCAAGAGAAGAGCGGGAGUGCCUCGACGUGUGGCUGAGCAUUCUAGCGGUGCAUUCACCAAUGUUUGCCACGAUUCAACUCUCUCCGAAGGCGGUCCUGCAGGACUCGAUGGCGAUGCUGCAUGGUAUUAGCGAACUUCGCGAUGGCGUCUACCUUCUCGAGGAGUUGCCCAUCCGCGUAGAGCCGUAUUUGCAAGAGAUUCGCCGCGAGAAACAGGGCGACGUUGUCUUCUUGCACGGCAAAACCCGCACCGACAUCUACCUUACCGUUCCCUUCACGAGCUACUCUGUUCCGCUCUUUGUCUUUCCAGCCUCCUUUACUUUGCAGCUCGAGCGCACCCAGACAAACGGUCACCUGCACAUCACCACGGUGGAGCAUCGCUGGUUUAGCGGAUUGAUCUGCUCCCACCUGACGAACUCCGUGGCAUCUCCGUGGGGGGAUGUGGGGGACUUGUGUCGCCGCUACAACGGCUUUCUGUGGUCGCUGAUGGUGACCAAGAAGAUCUCACUGGACGAGCGACGGCGCGCGCUUGCGACGAGGGCUGCGGAGAUCGAGGCUGAUUUGAAGGAGCAGCAGGAGCGGCAGAUCAGCAUGUAG